AUGGUUGUUAGGGCGGCGAAGGUGAUCGUUAACAACCCGAAGAAGGUGGCGGACCUCGUUGACCUGGCCAACCUCUCGGGGCCCCUCCGGGAGUUCAUGGGCCAGUCACAGAUCUCCCGCCUGGGAUGCUUCGUCCGGAUCUGGUCGUAUAUCAAGGAAAAAGGUCUCCAGGUAUGUGGGAUUCGUCGCGAAUUCUCUGUGCUCGAUUGGUGAAGAGGGAACUGGAACGGGGGGAGAAUCAAAGAUGUCUCUGGUGGGGGCAUGGUUCGGGCUAGGGUUAAUCAUAGGAAAACAAGUAUUUGAGAAUAAUACCGAAUUAUAGGGUUCGGAUAUUCCCUAAUUAGCAAUAUCUCUGGUGUUUCAUCCUUUUUUCAGGCGAUCUAUCGUAGUUGACUUGCCCAUUGAUUGUAGGCAAUGCUGAAAUUGAUCGAAGUGGGUCUGAUUGUGUGGCACUAUUUUCUCCGAUGGGUUUCCCUUGAUGACUGCUAUUCGACUGUGAGGAAUGCUAUAUUUCUGCUUUCAGUUGACUCCAAAACGCCCAUCAUAUUCUUCAUUCCUCGAUUUUUUUUACUCAAAACAGAAAGCAGUGCGGCAAGAAGCCAUGCUAGGCUACCGUAAUGAUCCAGGACGCUGGCUGAGACCUCCAAAUCUCCGCCACCUCUUGUUUAAUAACUUGGAAAAACUUCUCAUCGUCCUGCCUCUCAUCGUUUCCACAACCUCUCAUAUGAGUACUCCCUUCUUGAUGAAAGCCCUCCUCCCAUCUUCCCAAGCCUUGAUUGUCUGCCUCAUUUGAUUUUCUUCCUCACACUAUAUCUUCUGUCAUUCCUUUUUAACUUUCAACUUUCUCCCUGUCUAUAUACCACAGUUAGUCGGAUUAAGUGAGUGGGAUAAGACAAGUAGCGAAGAUCUGCUGGGUAUCUUCUUCCAUCUAGUUUCCCUUCUCAUUCGUCAUACUGUGUAUCCAGCAGCACGUGUGAGGGAGCACCUUCACCUGUUAGUUCAGUCAUCUUUGUGCUACUUGAAAUGUGACAGAUCCCAUUUGUCGUCAUUAGGACUUUUGUAUUGAUGGGUUAACACUGCCUUGUCCACUUCAUUUUUUAAAAAAGAAUAAUGGUGAAUCGGGUGGCACGGUUUUAAGUUGGAUGUAAGUUGAUCGUGCCAAACCUUUUAAAUACUUUCAGCUCCUAAUUUUGCAUUCAAUAUUUAUCUUAUUAUCUGCAUUAAGUGAGCCUGCGAAUGAAUCAGCUGGCUGUUAUUGGAGAUGCUAAUUCUAGAAAGUCUUGGAUUAUUGCUUCUUUCUCUAGAAUAUUUGAUUUUUAGUGAUAUGACUCCUAACACUGUGGAAUUUAAUGCUUUUUGCAGGAUCCGAGCAACAAAAAUAUUGUAAAUUGUGAUGAUAAGUUGAAGGGAAUGUUGUUGGGUAAGCCCCAACUUGAGCUUGCUGAGCUUCCAAUGCUUAUAAAGAUGCAUUUUCCGAAGACCCCAAACAGGUGUUUGUAA